AGGAUGCCCGGCCCCCUUAUUUCCUUAUUCUCAUCAUUGCGUGCGAGAAUCGAUUCCAGGAAAGGUGGGACCUAACACAGACCAGACGAGAGAUCAAAGGAAGCUCUUGACGAAAUGGGCCGGCUCAGUGGAAAGGUCAUCGUCGUGACGGGGGGCGGUGCUGGAUUUGGUCGCGCAAUUGUGCUGAAGCUCGCCCGAGAAGGCGCCCGCGUCCUGGCGGUGGACUUGAAUGGAGGAGAAGCCGAACAGACGGUCAAAUUGUGUGACGAAGUAUGUCCGCCCAGCUCCUGCCACGCCUGCACGGCAGACGUUACCCUUGAGUCGUCGUGGCGCCGGAUCCUGUCCACGGCGCGCCGCCUCUUCGACGACCGGUUGGACGUCGUGGUGAACUGCGCCGGGGUGAUCCACGCCGCGGCGCCUUCGCACGAGGUCCCUGAGGAGCAGUUCGACCGCGUCUUCCAGGUCAACGUGAAGCCGCUGUACCUCAGCACCAAGGUCAUCGUGCCGUGGUGGCAGGAGAGCAAGCGCCCCGGCCUGUUCAUCAACCUGAGCAGCACCAGCGACCCGCGACCCCGGCCGCACUUUGUAUGGUACGGGGCCAGCAAAGGUGCCGUGACCACGACGACCAAAGGUCUAGCGGCAGAGUACGCCGCCGACAACAUUCGGUAUAACUGCAUUCGGCCCUCGAUAGGGGAGACAGCCAUGCUGUCGACCGUGCUUGGAGACCCCGACGGCUCAGACUCGGACCGUCACGACAAGAUCUUGGGCUCGAUACCGCUCGGUCGGGUCUGUAAACCAGAGGAUGUGGCGAACAUGGCCUGUUUCCUAGCCUCUGACGAAGCAACCUACAUCACGGGCGCAGCGUUCGACGUCGAUGGCGGGAGAGGAGUGAGUUGAUCCCAUCCCGUGAGGAGGAGAGUGAAAAGGAUGGAUGAGUGAUGGCGUCUGUGUUGCUGAUUGUCCUCCCAUCCAUCGUCGAUGGUCAUGGUGGCGGCUC